AUGCCUAUCGGAUCAGCCAGUGACACUAUCAGAAAAUUCAAUGCAGUUGCACAGGCAAAUGAAGAAACAUUGAAAAAAAAUCCAUAUUCUGAUACUUAUAAAAUACAGCAGUUUGAUACUAAAAACUAUGGAAGACCACCUCCUGGAAGUAAAACUGAAGCUAGAGGAGUAAAGGCAGGAGUUCAUGUCUGUCGAGAAAUUUUAUUUCUGUGUGAGACGAUCGAUCAGAAUGCAGAAGGCGAAGAACCACACAAAUGGGUAAAAUUCGGGAAGCUUUUCAAUAUUUAUUCGUUCUAUUCGGAUAAGCUAGUAGGAAUGCUGAUUCGAGCCAGAAAAUACGGACUUGUCCACUUCGAAGGAGAAAUGCUUUAUCAAAGACAAGACGAUGAAAAAGUGAUAACAAUGUUGAUGGCUCUUCAAGAGAUUCGAGAAAGUUUAUCAGCUUCUGGAGACCCGGCAAACUGUAUUCAAAUCCGACGAAGUUCUGCUCCAGCUCCUUUUGUUCCUCCAGAAGUCAAAGAGAAACCAAGACUUCGUCCAAUUCGAAGUGAUUCUGUUACAUCUUCAAAAGCAAAGUUCGAGGCUCCAUCUUCAAUCAACACAGAAUCAGAUCCUCUUCCAGUUCUAGGAAAACCUAAAAAGCCGUGGACUCCUAAGGAUACAUCAAAAGCUCCAGUGUUCUGCACCUAUUAA